CCAUAUUCUACAAACUUAAUUGAAUUAGUUUCGUUACAAUUCAAAAUUACUAACCAUGUGCUCAAUCUCAUCCUACGCAACAUUUUCAACUCUUCUUAGUUCGUCUUCAUCUUCUUCUUCAUGUUCAUUCCCUUGUUCCUCCGCCAAAACCACCAUCUUUACCCUCUCAACCCCAAUCCCCACAACCACCAUCUCUAACGGAUCCGUCUCAGCCACACCCAAACAUGUCUGGACCCGAACCCCACGUUCCCCAUUUCCCAACACCAACAAACACCAACGUCGCACCAGAACCCAGCAACAACAAAAACAACAAUACGAACCCCCUUAUCUAGACCGCAGCGUCGACAUGAACGAACUCUCAACCUCAAUCAAACAAACCCACAACAUCGAACAACUCUACGCACUCAUGUCCCCUUACAAUAACAAACAACUCUCAAUCCGUUUCAUGGUCUCCAUCCUCUCCCGUGAACCCGAUUGGCAACGCUCUAUCGCAAUUCUCGACUGGAUGGACGAGAUAGCUCAAUACUCACCUUCACUCUCCGCUUACAACGUCGUCCUACGUAACGUACUUCGCGCUAAACAAUGGCAGUUUGCACACGGACUGUUCGACGAAAUGCGUCAAAAGGGUCUUUCCCCUGAUAAGUACACUUACUCCACACUCAUUACGUGUUUCAGUAAACAAGGUUUGUUUGAUUCAUCUUUCUUUUGGUUACAACAGAUGGAGCGUGACAAAGUUCCUGGUGACCUUGUUUUGUAUAGUAAUUUGAUUGAGCUUUCGCGGAAACUGGGUGAUUAUUCAAAAGCCAUUUCGAUUUUCAAUACGUUGAAAGCUUCUGCUAAUAUUGUCCUUGAUCUUAUAGCUUAUAAUACUAUGAUUAGUGUGUUUGGUAAGGCGAAGCUCUUAAAGGAAGCUCGUCUUCUUAUUCAAGAGAUGAGGGAUAAUGGUGUUAACCCGAAUACUACUAGUUACUCGACGCUUCUUGCGAUUUAUGUUGAUAAUCAGAAGUUUGUCGAGGCGCUUUCUUUGUUCGCGGAAAUGAAUGAAGUUAAAUGUCCGAUUGAUCUUACUACGUGUAAUAUUAUGAUUGAUGUUUAUGGUCAGCUUCAAAUGAUUAGGGAGGCUGAUUGCUUCUUCUGGGGUAUGAAGAAAAUGGGAAUUGAACCUAAUGUGGUUAGUUACAAUACUAUCUUGAGGGUUUAUGGAGAGGCUGAGCUAUUCGGGGAAGCUGUUCAUCUUUUUAGUUUGAUGCUAAUGAAAGGUAUACCACAGAAUGUUGUUACAUACAACACGAUGAUUAGUAUCUAUGGUAAAUCUCUUGAAGAUGAGAAAGCGACGAAUCUCAUUCAAGAAAUGCAGAGUAGAGGUAUUCAACCAAAUGCCAUCACUUACUCAACCAUAAUAUCUAUAUGGGAAAAGGCAGGGAAAUUGAACCGGGCAGCCAUGCUGUUUCACAAGUUAAGGACUUCUGGAGUUAAAAUUGAUGAGGUACUAUAUCAGACAAUGAUUGUUGCGUAUCAGAAAGCUGGAUUAGUUGCGCAUGCCAAAAGGCUACUUCAUGAGCUCAAGCAAGAGGAUAAUGUUUCCAGGGAGACGGCAAUCACAAUACUUGCCAAAGCCGGUAAAGUUGACGAGGCUUUGUGGGUUUUCCGACAGGCUUUUGAUGCGGGAGAGGUGAAAGAUAUAUCUGUAUUUGGGUGCAUCAUUGAUAUUUUCUCAAGGGACAGAAAGUAUGCACAUGUCGUUGAAGUGUUUGAGAAGAUGAGAGAGGUUGGACAUUUUCCAGAUUCUAAUGUUAUUGCUCUUGUGCUGAAUGCUUUUGGAAAGCUGCGGAAAUUUGAGAGAGCAGGUGCUUUAUAUAAACAGAUGUAUGAAGAAGGGUGUGUUUUUCCGGACGAAGUUCAUUUUCAAAUGCUUGAUUUAUAUGGCGCGAGUAUGGAUUUCAAGAUGGUGGAAUCAUUGUUUGAGAAGCUAGAUUCCAAUCCCAGUAUCAACAAGAAGGAGUUGCAUUUUGUUGUUGCCAACAUUCAUGAAAGAGCAGGUAGAUUUAAUGAUGCUUCCCGAAUCAUGAGCAGGAUGAAUCACAGAGCAAUAAAAAGUUAUGGUAAUGCUUAGAACAUUGAAGUAUGAAUCUGACUUUCACAUGUAACUUGAAUUGACUAACAUUCUUUGGCCACAUAUCUAUAAAUAUAGUAUUCCCAACUAGGUGUCAAAAAUUAUCAAGUGUAUAUGAUAUUAAGCAACACACAUUCUGCAUUCUGAAUAGCAUCAUCCGUGUAAUUAAUCAUUACAGUUCUUAAGAGCACUACACUACUAUGCUCGUUUUACCUCUUUAAAGAAAAUGGAGCCAAAUUUUCAUCUACAUGAUUGAUGUGUAUUUGCUGAGAAUUUCAACGGUGAAUCUAAUUUGAAAACACUAAGGGCUGGUUUGAAUCACUUUUGAUUUUUAGUUUUUAAAAAGUGUUUUAUAAAUUUGUUUUGAAAAACUGUUUAAAAAAAAAGAAAAAUAUGUGUUUGACAAAGAAAUUUUAAAAACUGUUUUAUAGAUUAAUUAUUAAGAAAUCCAUUGGAGAGGACCUUUUUAGUGAUUUUUUA